GGCAGAUCUUCUGAAUUUGGCUCCUGAUUAAAGCUGACAGAUAAUGGAAACAUUUCCUUGGCGAUGUCUCUGGGGCGACUCCUCCGACGUGCCUCUUCAAAAGCUUCAGACCUCCUGACCUUGAAUCCUGGUGGUGGCAGCAGUUCAUCUUCCAUACUUGAUGGGGAGAUUAUCUACUCCAAGAACAAUGUCUGUGUCCAUCCGCCUGAGCUGCUACAAGGCAUCGGGGAGCAUCAUCCAGGCUAUUUGUGCUUGUACAUGGAGAAAGAUGAGCUACUCGGAACCACGCUUAUCCUUGCCUGGGUGCCAAACUCCCGCAUUCAGAGGCAGGAUGAAGAAGCCCUGCGCUACAUCACUCCCGAGAGUUCCCCUGUCCGUAAAGCUCCCCGCAAGCGCGGCCGCCACACUCAGGGUUUCGGCAUUGUCCGGCAGGCUUCCCCCACCGAGCAGAGAGGGGCAUUGAUCCUGAAAGGAGAAGACAUCUUGACUGUCUCACAGCUUGUGAAAGAUGUGGCUUACAUCAGCUCCCCCUCUUCGGAAGGGGAGAAGCUCUCCCAGUGCUGCCCCGCGGCAGACGGCACCCGCCGGUCCCCCCAGCCUGCCCGCAGUGACUCAGGAAUCCUAUCGACAAUCAGUUCUCAGGAGGAGCAGAACAGGUCGGAGCUGUCGGUGGAGGGGACGGAGGAAGGUCUGGACUGCAGACCAGAGCCAGGGGAGGACGAGGGCUCCUUGGAGCUGUCUGCUGACGACGUGAGCAGGGACAGUACUUUUGACUCUGAUUCUGAUGCCUUCUCUUCCCCCUUCUGCCUCUCUCCCAUUAGUGAAGCCCUCGGGAAAAGCAGUAGUUCUGUGUUUCUGGAUAAUGAAAGCAG